AUGAGGGCCUGCUUACUUUUCGUUUGUUUACUGGCAGCCACACUUGCCCUGUCUGUUGAAAGUAAACAUCAUGGAAAACAUCGUGGAUUGCACAAGAUGUCACACACAGCCAAAGAAAAGGAUGCUAUCACAGAGGAGGCCAACCAGCCACAGGUCUUACCCACUUUAGUGACAUUGGAGGCCAAGAGCCAGGAUCGGGAGGAAGAGGAGUUGAGCUCCGAGGGCAACGCUAACGCUAACAAGGAGGAUGGAGAGAUUGAGGCGACUGAGAGGCGAGAUAAAAGCACUGCGGUCCUGUUGAGUGAGGAGGAGCUGGUGGACCUCCUGAAGAAAGAUACCGCAGAAGAAGAAGUGGAGGAAAGAGAGCUGAAGGAAGAGGAAGUGGAGUCGGACAAAGGCAAGGUGGAGUCUGGUGAGGCUGUGGAGGCCAGUGAGGAUAAGGAAGAGGAGAAGUUGGAAGACAACUUGGAAGUAGGGGAAGAUGACGGGAAGGUGAAGGAAGAGAAGGUGGAUGAGGAAGUGGUGGAGGAGGCGAAGAGGAUGCCUCACAAGGGCGAGAAGGAGGCGUCUGUAGACAAAAUGGCCGACAGAGUAGAGCAGUUGUUGGAGGAAGCAGACGGCAGCACGGAGCUGGACAACCCGGUCGAUCUCGACUAUGCUGCCGAUAGUGGCGUCUUACAGCCUCUGCAGAUAAUAUCAGCUAAGAUGGAACCCCACACUGAUGACAUCCAGGCUCCAUCAAAAACAGGUGUUCCAGAUGUCACUCAGAAAGAGGUCAGUGAGAAAGAGCUGCCCACCAUUGGCGAGGACUAUGACCAAGACGUACAAAACACUGAGGCAGCGCACAACGAGGAGGCGUCCGACGUGGACAAGCUGCGAGACGACAAAGAAGCUAAAUCUAAAGAAAUGGAUCAAGACGUGAAGCCGCAAGAGGCGAAGAGCAGCAGGGAGCUCGAGUCGGGGUCGAGUCGAGCAGCCGGAAAGGAGGAAGAGAGGAUCAAGAAUGACAGCACGGGUCACGGCAAGGGAAAGACAAGGAAGCAGAAGAAGAACAAGAGGGCGAGGAAGCACUCUCCUCAACGAGAGGAAACACAGGCGGGACAAGAACUGAGCCAACAAGAACCUCAGGAGUCCGUGAGCAGCAGCCCUGACAACACAGUGCACAAGGCGAAGAGGAGGAGGGCGGGGAAAUGGGGUCCGUUGGUAGGAAUGAAUCCAGUGCAGAUCAGAGCCACGGAGGAUCUCUACCCCAGCUCCAGGCCCUCUCUCACCGGAGGCGCACAUCACCCAGAAGCCCCUGCAGAUCCAUGUGGCAAUUUCCGAUGCAAGCGCGGGAAGACGUGCAAACUCGAUGCCGACAAUAAACCAGGCUGUGUGUGUCAGGAGGCGUCACAGUGUCCUCCCAGUGUGAAUGAGUUUGAUCAUGUUUGUGGGACAGACAACAAGACAUACGCUUCGUCGUGUGAGCUCUUUGCUUCCAAAUGUAACCUAGAGGGCACCAAGAGAGGGAACAAGCUUCACAUGGACUACACCGGACCAUGCAAAUUGAUUCCUCAAUGUGUGGACACUGAGCUGGUGCAGUUUCCUCUACGGAUGAGAGACUGGCUGAAAAAUGUGCUGCUGCAGCUCUAUGACCACGACUCCGUGUCCCCUGGCUUCCUCACGCCAAAACAGCGUUUCAGAGUGAAGAAAAUCUUUGAGAGCGAGAGGCGUCUUCAUGCUGGCGAUCACUCUGUGGAGCUCCUGGCUCAGGACUUUGAGAAGAACUACAACAUGUACAUUUACCCAGUGCACUGGCAGUUUGCUCAACUGGACCAGCACCCGUCUGACAGAGUGUUGUCCCACUCGGAGCUGGCCCCGCUCAGGGUCCCUCUGGUGCCCAUGGAGCACUGCACCUCCCGCUUCUUCCAGGAGUGUGACGCUGACAAGGACAAGCAGGUCUCCUUCAAGGAGUGGACCUCCUGCUUUGGCAUCAGGAGCGAGGACAUGGAUGCCAACCUGCUUUUCUGA